CUUUCUUCGACCAAACUUCGACUCGUCAAUUUCAACUAUACUCCCAUUUCCACCUAAAUAAAUCUGGUAUUCAAUGAAUGAGCAAGUGUAAAAUCUUAAACUUGAAUUCUUACCUAACUGUUUCGCUUGACAAAUCAUUCCAUCAAAAACUACUUCACGACAAAACGAUGACCAGUCUACAGUAAAUCUUUUCGAUAUGCGCAUUUCUUUUUCAAUUACGCUGAGUUCGUUGUUAUGCACCUACAAAUGUACAAAACUAUAAAUUUGAAACAGGCUCAAAUGAGAUCUUGCAAAAAACAUUCCUUUUCUCACCGACGCACUAAAAAUAAAACUACAUUAAGAUACUUCUAACAACGGAUAUACAAUGUGGAAACUUUUGCAUUUCUACUACCAUUUCUACUCAUACAUGACACAUUUUCCUUCUGUUCUUCAUUUUUUAUAUUUUUCUCUUUUCUCUUUCUCUGCUACCUCUCUUUUGUUUUUUGUUCUUUUGCUUUUUAGAACACACAUAUGUAACAUCAUCAAAACAGUCAAAAGUGAUAUCAUGUGCUUCUGUCUCUUUCUUUUUUUGGUCUGUAUUUUUCUUUUUCACAAUAAAUAUAGCUUAAAUCAACGAAAUAAAAUUCAUUUUAUAGUAAACGAAAGGAUUCUUUUAAAUGAUGGCAGGCAAAUAUACCUUUUUGCAACUUUGUCAAUAGCGUGUUUUCAUUUUUUUAAAAGAAAGGCAAGAUAAAAGGAUAAGGCAGAAGAGAAAAGAAUGGAUUGUUGUUUUGCCCGUCCUUUUUGCACCUCAUAACGAAAUACAAAUUUGAUCGUCUGUUCACACUCGUUUUCUCUCUUUCGAUGCUGUAUUUUUCUAUCGUCGUACAGUUUUAAGACCAGACAAACUAUUAAGUUCGCUCAUUUUCUCGAAUAACACAUCUCUAUCUUUGUUGAAUCAUGAUUAAUUUAUAGGAUGCGUGUUAAUAGAAUGAAAAGUUAAUAUCCAGACAUUCUAUGUACUUCUAGUAGAAUUACAUAGAAUCCUGGAUAGGAUCAUGCAUGAUUUACGUCGUUAUUAUAUAAGUUUCUUGAUUUGUGCCAUUUUAAAUAUAACAUACAAUUAACUAUUUCAGAUUUCUCUCGUCUUCUACUUGUAAAAAUCUCGUCGUCAUCUUCAUUCAUUUUUCAACCUUUAAAAGAUUUUAAUUGUUUAUUUAAAUCAAAUAAAUUUUCAACAAUUGAUGGUUUAAGAACAAUUGCCAAUUUAUCAAUUGUUUAUUUACAUAUUGUAUUGGCAUUUGUUCUAUUGAUACCGAUGUAUCCAAACAAAGAAUGGUUAGAAUAUUUAAAAACAAAUUCAUUUCUAGUUUCGAGUUAUGGACCACUCAUGUUGGAAAUAUUUUUUUUCAUCACCGGUUUUUUAUUAACAUAUCAAAUAUUAACAAUGAAAGAAAACAUAAAUAUUUAUUUAUUUAUUUUUAAACGUUUUUUACGUUAUUUACCUGGUUUAGGAUUAAUCUAUUUAUAUCUAUAUGUUUUUGAUGAUUCAUCAACGAAUAAAAAAUGGAUUCAGUAUUUUAUCCAUUUACCAUUGAUACAAAAUUAUAUAAAUACUGAUUAUUGGUCUUUAUCAUUGCUUGCAACAUGGUCAAAUAGUCUUGAUUUUCAAGUCUAUAUUUUAUUAUCUAUAUUAAUAUAUUUUCUAUCAAUGAAAUAUAAAUUAAACUUGAAACAGAUCUAUGAUAUUUUAUAUAUAUUAUUAUUAUCAUCGUUCUGUAUUUGUUUAUAUUGUUUUGAUUCAACAACAAUGAAUCUAUUGAAAGAAGGUGUACAAUUACAUCCAAUAAUUGCGAUAAAUUAUACGCAACUUAAAGUAUAUUUUGAAUUUAAUAAUUUACCAUUAUUAUCAAUAAAUGAAACAAUGGUGACAAAUGAUUUAAAUUAUAUUAAAAGUUCAGUUAUAUUAAGAACUCAUUUGAAAUAUUUUUAUUAUCCAUUACAUAUAAGAUACGGUAGUUUUAUAGUUGGUUCACUACUAGCUGUAAAAUUAUUAUUAUCAAGACAAAAUAUACAAAACAAUAAUGCCGAUAAUCGUUUUAAAAAAUUCUUUUAUUGUCUAUUAACAUUUUGUUUAUUUUUAGGUAUUAUACGUCAAUUAAAAA